CUCCAAAUCCUUGCGCGUCUCCACGGUCCCAUAUCCCACCAUCAUCGUCCGUCCUGCUGGUAGGCUUUGAUCCCUCCCAUGGAGCUGGGGUUGAGCUUGGGGGAGGCCAUGGCGGACGCCGGCCGGGAGCUGGUUCUUGGGCUCGGGGUCGGCCCGGGGGCGAGGAGGGAGGAGGAGGGGAGGAGGGGCCAGGAUGUCGUCGCCGCCGUCGACAGGAGGGGGCUCGCGUUGGGGUGCGGCUCUUCGCCGGAGCCGACGAUGCGGCUCACGCUUCUGCCCAUGGUGCCCAGCCUCGGCUUCCCGUGGCCGUCCGAGAGCAGGCAUUUGGAGGCGUCGACGCGGGGGUUCGACGUGAACCAGGCGCCGUCCUCCGGGGGCUCGGCCUGGGGCGCCUGCACGGCGGGGGCGGCGGCGGAGGAAGAGCAGGAGGACACCGCCGCGGCAGCGCGGGCGGCCGUCUCGUCCUCGCCCAACGACAGCGGGGGCUCCUUCCCGAUGGACUUCUCCGCGCAGGGCGACCGCGGCGCCAGCGACGCCGCCCCGGGGGCCGGCGGCUCCCGCGGCAGCGACGAAGACGACGGCGGCUCGGCGCGCAAGAAGCUGCGCCUCUCCAAGGAGCAGGCCGCGUUCCUGGAGGAGAGCUUCAAGGAGCACAGCACCCUCAACCCCAGGCAGAAGGUGGCGCUGGCGAAGCAGCUCAACCUCCGGCCGCGCCAGGUGGAGGUGUGGUUCCAGAACCGCAGGGCCAGGACGAAGCUGAAGCAGACGGAGGUGGACUGCGAGUACCUGAAGCGCUGCUGCGAGACGCUGACGGAGGAGAACCGGCGGCUGCAGAAGGAGCUGGCGGAGCUGCGGGCGCUCAAGACGGUGCACCCCUUCUACAUGCACCUCCCGGCGACCACCCUCUCCAUGUGCCCGUCCUGCGAGCGCGUCGCCUCCAACUCCGCCCCGGGCACCGCCGCGGCCCCCUCGCCCGCGCCGGCGUCCGCUGCCCCCGCGCCCGCCUCAGGCGCAGGCAUUGGGGCGGCAGCCGCUCCGGAGCAGCACAGGCCCUCGUCGUUCGCCGCGCUGUUCUCGUCGGCCAGGAGCUUCCCGCUGGCCUCGUCCCAGCCCCAAGCUCCAUUGCCGGCGCCGUCGAGCUCGUGACUUCGCCGGCCGGCGAAGGGAGGGCCUGCUUGUAAAUACGCGCACCUUAAUAUUUUCGCUCCUCGUGUCGGGAUUUUUUUGUGGCUCGCCAUUCGCCGAGGGGUCUGUGAGAAAUGAGAACCCCAGCCCUAGUGGAUUCGCGUCUGUCGUCAGAUUUGCUACUCCGACGGCUCAGAUGUUAAAGGAAAAUUGUUGCAUCAGAGUUCGUUGUUAACCUUGAUCAA